GGAGGGAGACCGGGAGGGAUAUAAAGUUCGCCUCGACUCCUCCCGGAGGGAGACCGGGAGGGAUAUAAAGUUCUCCUCGACUCCCCCCGGAGGAGACCGGGAGGGAUAUAAAGUUCGCCUCGACUCCUCCCGGAGGGAGACCGGGAGGGAUAUAAAGUUCUCCUCGACUCCCCCCGGAGGAGACCGGGAGGGAUAUAAAGUUCGCCUCGACUCCCCCCGGAGGAGACCGGGAGGGAUAUAAAGUUCUCCUCGACUCCCCCCGGAGGAGACCGGGAGGGAUAUAAAGUUCGCCUCGACUCCUCCCGGAGGGAGACCAGGAGGGAUAUAAAGUUCUCCUCGACUCCCCCCGGAGGAGACCGGGAGGGAUAUAAAGUUCGCCUCGACUCCCCCCGGAGGGAGACCAGGAGGGAUAUAAAGUUCGCCUCGACUCCUCCCGGAGGGAGACAUCCGUCCCGCGGUGGGUGGAUUUGACCCACGACUUGAUGACGAAUAAGCAAGCGGCGAAUGUGCGGUUGGCGAACGCGGCCGCCCGCUGUCCGCGAAGACGAAUGUCGCCGCGCCGAACGAGGGCGACGCGUUUACCUUCACCAUAACAACCGGGCACGCGCACGUCGGCGCAAUUUUCAUGAAGUUUAAAAUCAUUUUUUAGUAUAUAUCUCUCUCUCUAAACGAAUGCGAGCGUAGUUAUUACGUUCGUAAGUUUGGGGCGCUCAAAUUCCGAGUAGGCCCUACGGGGAGUUGUCGAGACCUCGGCGCUCGGAUAGUUUUCUCCCGCGGGGUUUCGGCGCCAGCCCCUAGCGGCGCGACCUGCCGAAUGUGGAUUUGUGUGUUUUUUAAGUUGUAAAAAUUGUGCUCGUUCUGGUGGGUCCAAUAUCUCCUGGACAAAACAAAGCGUCAUGUUUAAAGCCAAGAUACUGGUGGUGGGUCCUGUAAAGAGCGGCAAGACGACCAUGGCGAACUUCUUAGGCGAUGCCACGGAGGCGGUGGGGGGUGAAUACAGCCCCACGCAGGGCGUGCGCAUCCUGGAGUUUGAGAGCGGCACGGUGGACGUGAGUGGGAGGGCGGUGACCUGUGAGGUGGAGCUGUGGGACUGCAGUGGAGACAUGAAGUUCGAGGCUUGCUGGCCGGCGCUGCAGAGGGACGUGAGCGGCGUGAUGCUGGUGUUCGAUGCGGAGCAGGCGAGCCACGCGCGCGAGCUGGAGGCGUGGCACACCGCCUUCGUCCUGCAGCCACGCCUGCAGGAAUCGCAGUGCCUGCUGGUCGCGCACCACAAGCCUGGCAGUGACGCCAGCCGCCCUUUGCCGGGCCUCGGGGUGGCCCUUUCCAAGCUCCCGCUGGUGAUAUCCGAUCUGGAGGAAGCACCGGAGAGCCUGAGUGAGGAGUUCCGUGCCUUCCUGGGGCGGCUCGUGAGCAGCAUGUCCGACAGCCGUGACCGGGAGGAGCUGUCUAUCGUGGGCUCGUGAAAAAAAAUCUACUAUAAUUUUCUUUGGCAAAACCAGCCCACCUCCCUCUUGAGUUGCCAAGCCAUCCAGAGGUACACAAAAACCCAGGACUAAUGGGAAGAAGAAUUUCAAAAAUAACUUGUUAAAUUCAUUGUCUUGAGUGGUGUAUUUUUUGCGCAGCUGACAAAAUCCGAGCCUUAUAAUGUCCCAGGAAGACGGAUAGAUCUCCCAGGACCAACUACCUCAAAAAGAGGUGCUGGGAAAAAUCAGGACAGGUGGAAACCCGACCCCCAACUGAGCACACACCUCUCAUUGGUACGGUCUACAACAGCAACUUUAAUUUGUAACGUAACCAACAUCGUCGAAAACGAGGUUACAUGACAAGGAUGGGAGGGAAUGGGACACUUGCUGGAAGAAAUACAUUGAAUAUCAGAAUUAAAUUAACACUAAUGUUAUGUUUUUGUGUUGACAAUGGGAGUGUGAAAUCUGAUUCAAAUGACACUACUGAGGCACUGUCAAAGGGCGUAUUUUUUAGUGUGUACUUUAAAAAAUGUGCUUUGGUGUCAUUUUCUCGAACAGAUCGAUCUAUUUGUCAUACGUACGUCAAGACAGUUUUGAUUUUUAGUGAUGACGUUCAUGAUCGCCGUUUUGUUUUGUCUUCUCGUUCAGAAUUAUAAAUAAAGAGAAAAUCUUUUUUUAA